GCACGUGGUCGCGACGUGUGGCGUAAGCGGAAGUAAAGAUGGCGCUGGAUGGUUCGUCCACGUCUGUUAUGGCUCAUGAUAACUCAUACCACAUUCAUGUUUCUGAUUAUUAUAGCAGGAAUCUGAGCAACAAACCCGAUGUAGUGCCGUGUGGAGUCACCGAGAGGAAGGUGUCGCCCUCAGAUAAGCCUGACAUGGUGGUGCUGGACGUGAUCAGCAUCAAGGACUCGGAUGCUCCGGUGCACAGAAAGAAGUGUGAGACGGACACGUAACUCCUAGGUACGAUACAUCCCUUCCGCAGGAGUCACCGCUCCGUCCUGGGGAGGUUUGCGCAGGAGUUUAGUUUGGUGACCUCUGACAGACGGUCGUGGAGGAUUCUUCUGUUCGGCGUGUUGAAUCUCAUCUGCACCGCCUGUCUGCUGAUGUGGUGCAGCUCCACCAACAGCAUGGCCUUAACCGCAUACACAUACCUCACCAUCUUCGAUCUCUUUAGUCUGAUCACCUGUUUGCUGAGUUUCUGGGUGACCAUGAAGAAACCCAGCCAAGUGUACUCGUUUGGCUUCGAGCGUUUUGAAGUGCUGGCGGUGUUUGCCUCCACUGUGCUGGUUCAGCUGGGCGCUCUCUUCAUCCUGAAGGAAAGUGUGGAGCGCUUUGUGGAGCAGCCCGAGGUGCACACGGGGCGUCUGCUGGUGGGAACAUUCGUGGCUCUGUUUUUUAAUCUCUUGACUCUGCUGUCGGUCAAAAACAAGCCCUUCGUCUUCGUGUCUGAAGCCGCGAGCACCAGCUGGCUUCAGGAGCACGUGGCCGAUCUGAGCCGAAGUCUGUGUGGACUCAUCCCGGCGCUCAGCAGCGUUCUCCUGCCCAGAAUGAACCCGUUUGUGCUGAUCAACCUCGCUGGAGCUUUUGCUUUGGGCAUCACGUACAUGCUCAUCGAAAUCAAUAACUAUAAUGCGAUGGACACAGCGUCUGCCAUGGCCAUCGCCCUCAUGAUCUUCGGCACCAUGUACCCCAUGAGUGUGUACAGCGGGAAGGUGCUGCUGCAGACCACCCCUUCUCACGUCAUCGGUCAGCUUGAUAAACUGCUCAGAGAGGUGUCCACGUUGGAUGGAGUUCUUGAAGUCAGAAAUGAACACUUUUGGACCAUUGGCUUUGGCUCUUUGGCUGGCUCUGUCCACGUCCGUAUUCGCAGAGAUGCUGAUGAGCAGAUGGUUUUGGCCCAUGUGACCAACCGGCUGAACACGCUAGUGUCCACGCUGACCGUUCAGAUCUUUAAAGACGACUGGGCCCGUCACUCGCUGACCUCCAGCACCCUCCCCACCGGCUCGCUCAGCCUCUCCGAGUACGUCACUUCCGCUGCCUUUCCUCCUGUGAUGUCCAAACAGCAUGAUGAGUCAAACCCGGCCACAUCUACGCCUGCGAAGCCCAGCAGCCCUCCGCCCGAGUUCUCCUUCAACACGCCGGGGAAACACGUCCAGCCCGUGGUGUUUCAGACGGCCCAUCAGCACAGGCCCUUCAAUGCGCCUCUCUCCUAUGGGAUGUCCCCAUACUCCAGCAUGCUGAACCAGGGCUUUGCGCACCCCAGUGACGGUCCCGCCAUGAGGCUGGGCUUUGGGGUGGGGACGCGGAUGCCGUCUGUUCAAGGAUACAGGACUGUGAAUGCAGCUCCACACAGAUACGGAAGCAGUCUGCCCUCGUCACAAACUGGCCAGCAGAGACCGUGAGCUGAUCACAUGAUCAUCACGCACCGCUAGCCCACCACUACCCUGAGUAUUUAUUUUUACGGGACCAAAAGCAACAGUUUUUUUUCUCAAUGGAUGUUUUAUCUGUAUUCUUUAUUUGUAUUAAACCUCUAUCAGGCAUCUG